AUGGUCGGGAAUGUGUUCGCGUUCAUUCGAUCAAAGUCUCACCAGAGUAGCGUCUGCCUUGUCAGCCGCACAUGGAGAGACCAGAUACGCCCCAUAAUGUGGGAGAAGAUUAGAAUGAACUUUCGCGAUGCCUCCGCUUCGUCUCUAGCAACACUACUCCAUCCACGUUCCGGAAUUACGGGUCACAUUCGAGAGCUGGACAUUUGUGAAUCGGCGAGAACGACUGACGGAGAGAACCGCGUUGUCUUGGUCAUCACAGCAAUCCCAAGAGAUAGACUACGCCGCUUCGAGAGCAAUUGCGAAGUCUCGGCCCUCACCUUCCAGGUUCUUCUACAAUCUCAACGCAAGAUCGAAGAGCUUGAUAUCUGGGGUUCAUUCAGUACUCCUGGUCUUUUGAAUCUUGUCGAUCUCGAUUCAGAAGAACAUCACACGUGGAUGGGUCCUCUACUUUCUGAAGUCUCAACAAUCACGUUAUACAUCAACCGACAUGAAGCACCAGGGGAUCGCAUUUUCAAUGGCAUGAAGUCUGUGUCUCAAUACUGCCCAAAGAUCAGAGAUCUUUCGCUGAAUGCCGCUUCGACUGACAAUCCUGACGACGUAUCUGUAUGCGCGAUAUUGGCUCAUGCGAAAGAUCAGCCAAUAUUUCCAAACCUCACGUUCUUGCGACUUUACGACCUAAAGUUUGCAUCAACCGCAGAACAACCAAUUCACGAGUCCCUGAACCUUUCGAACUUGAAGGGGUUGCAGAUUGAAUGGUGCUUCGAUCAGAUUCCGUUACUGGAGGGCAUCUCCUCGUUCUAUACCCGCAAUACCGGACAACUAGAAGAGCUCAUUGUCAUUCUUCCCAUCCACAUGAAAGAGCCCAAACGCACUGUACAGGCUAUAGAUGCGCUACUCAAGACUUGUCCUAAGCUCACCCAUCUUCAGCUAGAUUUGUCUGUGCAUGGGUUGGUUGCCAGAGACAGUGUCUUGGUCCACUGCAAGACCCUCACGGAGCUUAUAAUGCAAAGUGGAAUGACUGAAGGCGGCAACUAUUUCCCUAUUGCAGACAUAACCGCUAUACUGAAAGCUUGCACCAAGUUGACAACGUUGGCGAUUGACAUGCCAAGCUUGGAAUUGGGUUCUAUCUCAGACCCUGAGGACGGCUUCAGUCCAGAUGAGGAAUAUGCGCAUGUACUGGCUGCAGUCGCUACACAGCCCAUGUUGGAAGCCUUUCGGAUAUUCAAUCUCCCAGUGCUUGAAUUCGAUGACCCCUCUUCAGUGAGACCAACUGGUCGGGACACGCUUUUCUGUCAAGUUGUCAUGCAAAAUCUUGCCAACCAGAUUCUUCGCUUCGCGACUGACCGAGGUUCGAAGCUCAAGGUUCUCAGCAUCAAACCUAGCCUCGAGCCAGCUGAUCUGCCUGUUGGCAACGCAGGCAGGGAUACGAAUGGACAUAAAUGGCCUGAGUACCACUACAUUCGGGGACGCGUCUCCGACAUUACAAGUGCAGAUGUGGUAGUUGCGCAUCCUUCAAAGAGCGUAAUACUGGAUUUCCCCGAUCUUGAACCACUCUUGCACUACAUCUAA